AUGGCUCUAUCAAUACCCCUUACCAUGGGUGUCGAGAAGGCUCGAUUGGACAUCGCCAUUGACGUUGCAAGAUUACUUUCCAUCGCCCGUGGCAACGACAUAUCUGACCGCACGAUGCUCUGGAGAGAAUGGGGUCCAAAAACAUCGCGUGUUUUCUUGAUCAACGAGGUUUUCCGUACAGAAGGUGACGUAGAGCCCUUGCAGGACGUAGAAGGCUACAGGAUAGCUUUUUCCACAAACGUAGACUGCAGCGACAGCCGGACUUGCAUUUCCGAUGAGCAUUCCCGUUCUGCAGCUUUUAUCUUAGAUUUCAAUCCCGCAAGUAUCCGAUGGGCUCGACAGGAGCAGAAGGCAGGUCGUGGACUGCGCGGUGCUUUGGUAACAGAACCGAGUGUUUUACGGCCGGGACGCCUGCUUGCAGAGGAGGUAGUCAGCUCUCUACCUUAUACCCAAAUUAUGCUCGAAGGAUACCUACCCCAACACCAAAUUCGGCUUUCACGAGAUGAAGUCGUAUACCCUGCUAAUCCGGCGCAAGGAUCUCAGCUGCAUAAUGUUUACAGCUUUGCGUAG